CCAUCAUUGAAUCUGCAUAGAACCCUCCUUCCUUGUAAAACAGCAACACUCAUUUCAUUAUUAUUAUAUUAAUAGAUCUUCCAAGUUUUUCUCCGACUCGUGUUAACUUGUCAACUUUUGGUCUUGUCGCUCAGGUUGGACAACACCCUUUGAGUUUCAAUACCUCAAACUUGUGCUCAUUAAGAUUCAAGAAUUAUAUGGAGAGGUGGAUUCCGUGGGGUAGGAGAUCUGGUGAUUUUGUGGAUGUACUUGUGUGUGUUUGCAUAUAGUUUUGUUUGACUAUAAAUCAACUCAUAUUAAGGGUUUGUAGUUUGGAUUUUAGGGGUUGUUUGUUAAGUUUGGUAAGAGUUGUUUGUAGUGGCGAAAAAUGGAAGGCAAUUUGCAAUCGGGAAGUAUGCUUGGAAUGGGAUCUUAUGGAGGAGGACUCGAUUUGCAAGGGUCUAUGAGAGUGCACCAUCAUCAACAGCCAUCUUCACUUCAGCAACAACAUAACUCUAAUCCUAGACAAGGGUCGAUUGUUCAUCCGUCAAUCCAUGAAAAUUUUGCCCACCCAAGUGGAGGCGGACAAGACUAUGAUCAGACAAUCUUGUUGGCUGAGUACUCUAAAGUUGAUAGGGCUAAGCAUUCUGCAAGUGAUGAGGAAGAGCUGAGUUUAACAGAUGAUGCUGCGGAUGGUCACAGUCAUGGGAGUAGAGGAAAAAAUAUUUCCCCUUGGCAUCGAGUCAAAUGGACUGAUACAAUGGUGAGGAUUUUGAUAACCGCUGUUUCGUACAUAGGGGAGGAUGCUGCUGCAGAGUACGGUGGUGGGGCAAGAAGGAAAUAUGCAAAUCUACAGAAGAAAGGUAAAUGGAAAUCAGUUUCAAAGGUCAUGGCUGAAAGGAGUUAUUUUGUUUCACCUCAACAAUGUGAAGAUAAGUUCAACGAUCUUAAUAAAAGGUACAAGAGACUGAAUGAGAUCCUUGGGAGGGGAACAUCUUGUGAAGUUGUUGAGAAUAACUCACUUUUGGAGGUGAUGGAUCACAUACCAGAGAAACUAAAAGAGGAGGUUAGAAAAAUUCUUAGUUCAAAGCAUUUGUACUAUGAAGAGAUGUGUUCUUAUCAUAAUGGAAAUCGGCUGCAUCUGCCUCCAGAUCCUGAAUUGCAGCAUUCUUUGAGGUUGGCACUCAGAAGCAAAGAUGAUCAUGAGAAUGACACAAGGAAGCACCCACACCAUGAAAUUGAUGAUGAUGAUCAAGACAUAGAGAUGGAAGACCGAGACGUUGAAAAUCAUGCUACUCAUGGGGAUCACAGAGGAACGUAUGGGAUGUCAGGGGCAUCUAUGAAGAGAGUUAAACAAUGUCAGGUUCAUGAAAAUGUUGCUUUGGGUAGCUCCUUGUCUUCUUUGGACUGUAAUAGAACUUUCAAUUCUCAAGCACAAGUUGCUAAUGUUGAUAUGAAUCAAGUGCUUCCCGAAGGUAUGAAUGCAAACCUGUCCCAAGCGCAGUGGAUGGAACAUCAUUCAAUGCAGAUUGAGAGGCAAAAGCUACAACUUGAGGUGCAGAUGUUAGAAUUAGAGAAAGAGCGGUUCAAGUGGAAAAGAUGUUGCAGGAAAAGAGACAAAGAGCUGGAGGUGAUGAGAAUGGAAAAUGAGAGGAUGAAGCUAGAGAAUGAGCAUAUGGCAUUAGAACUGAAGCGCAAGGAGAUGGGUGCAGACACCUGACCAGUGAGUCAGCAUCAUUAUGCUGCGAAGUGGAAACAUGAAAUUGGAUGGAAACCUUGUGUAGUUGAUAUGUCUGCUGGCAUAAGAUGAAUUUAUCGGCUUUACUAUCUGGCCUUUAUAUUAAAGUUUGAGCCUAAUAUUUUUUAAUGUGCAUUGUCUUUAAACAUCAUUUUAUUAUCUUUUUUUUCAAGACUCUA